AAUCAGCCGCCCCUCACAUCACCGGAUGGAUCCAGUAACAGAAACCCACCAGGGAGAUGUCCCCGUCCUCUGUAUUCACGGCAUACCACACGGGAAGAUCACAACUAUGCACACCAUUAUCAGGGUAAAGAUCUAAUCGAUUUAAAAGUUGAGGUCCAAGUAGAAAAUGAAGAGACCUGUUUGAGGGGUGAAAUGAUGCUGCAAAGAGAGAAGGCAUCUUUCCAUGCCUUUAUUAAGAAUCAUCUGGCCCUUACAUUACCAAAUGGAUCCAGUAAUGAGAACCCACCAGAGGGAUGUCCCAGUUCUCAUCAUCCCCGAGAUUCCACACAGGAAGAUCACAACUAUGCACAACUUUAUCAGUGUGAACAUGUGAUGAAUGUGAUGAAAGCCGACAAUAAAGCAAAAAAAGAUGAAAUGAUUCGUUUGACGGGCAAUCAGCAGUCAACGGCAAGAUCGUCUCUGCUUAUCACCAAAGAUGAAUCCAAUAACAGGAACACACCAGAUCGAUGUCUCCGUCCUCUGUAUUCCUGGGAUUCCACACAGAAAGCUCUUACUAUCCCUCACCAUCAUCAGAGUGUAAACCUGAAUGUUGUUGUAAAAGAAGAGUAUAAAGAGGAGGAUGAGGAGUAUAGAGUGAAGGAGGAGUUUUCAGAUGGACACAAGAUUAUGAUGGAUCCACCUAAUACCAGGAACCCUCCAGAGAGAUGUCCCCGUCCUCUGUAUUCCCGGGAUUCCACACAGGAAGGUCACACCAUCCCUCACCAUCAGGACGAAGAUCUGAAUAAUGUAAAAAUUGAGUUUAUAAAAAAGGAAGAAAAGACGUAUGUAAGGGAUGAUCAGCAAUUUACAAAGGAGAUCGGGAUGAGGGACGCAGUUAAAGAGGGAGAAACUUCUCCAGAUAUCAGCUCAGAUGGACUGUGUGGUGGGAAUAGAAGGACAUCGGAGGAAGAUGUGAAUACAGAAGAUGAUGACAUUGGAUGUGACAGACCUCACCAUUGGGAGAGAUCAUUGGAUGUGUCUAAUUCUGAGGAACCUCCUCAUAAGUCACCUCCUUGGCCUUCAGAUCGUCCUCUGAUAUCUGACAGUGCGGAUGGCUGUGGAGAUCCAUCUAAUCUCAGGGAAUCUUCUCCAAACCAUAAAGGGGUUCAUACAGGAGAGAACUCAUUGUCGUGUUCAGAGUGCGGGAAAUGUUUUACUCAGAAGGAACACCUUCUAAACCACCAGAGAUGUCAUGUUAGUGAACAUCUUUAUUCCUGUCCAGUGUGCGGAAAAUGUUUCACCCGGAAAGCAAGUCUUAUUUCACAUCAGAAAAAUCACACAGCUGAAGAUUCUUUUUCAUGUUCAGAGUGCGGGAAAUGUUUUAAUGGGAAAAGUGAACUUCUUAGACACAUGCAAAAUCAUACGGAUGAGCAUCCUUUUUCAUGUUCAGAGUGCGGGAAAUUUCUUAUUUCAAAAGCACUCCUUCUCCUACACCAGAGAAGUCACACGGGUGAGCGUCCCUAUUCAUGUUCAGAGUGCGGGAAAUGUUUUAGUAGUAAAGGAAACCUUUCUCAGCACCAGAGAAUUCACACUGGUAAGCAUCCUUAUUCAUGUUCAGAGUGCGGAAAAUCUUUUAGUCGAAAAGUAGACCUUGUUCAGCAUCAGAUAAUUCACACUGGUGGUGAGUGUCCUUUUUCAUGUUCAGAGUGCGGGAAAUGUUUUGCAUCGAAAACUUACCUUGUUAGGCAUCAGAGAGUUCAUACCGGCGAGUGUCCCUAUUUAUGUCCAGAGUGCGGGAGACGUUUCCCUCACAAAGGAGCUCUUCUUAGACACCAAAGAAUACACACUGGUGAGCGUCCUUAUUCAUGUUCAGAGUGUGGGAAAUGUUUUAGAGGAACAGAAACCCUUCUAAGGCACCAGAGAGUUCACACAGGUGAGCGUCCCUAUUCAUGUUCUGAGUGCGGGAAAUGUUUUUCUGAAAAAAAGUUGCUUCUUGGGCAUCAGAGAGUUCACACAGGGGAGCGUCCCUAUUCAUGUACAGAGUGCGGGAAAUGUUUCACUGAGAAAGGACAACUUCUCAUACACCAGAGAAUACACACAGGUGAGCGUCCCUAUUCAUGUUCAGAGUGCGGGAAAGGUUUUAGUCGGAAAGGAGACCUUGUUUCCCACCAGAGAACUCACACGGGUGAACGUCGCUUUUCAUGUUCAGUGUGCGGGAAAUGUUUCACUACGAAAAGACUCCUUCUUCAGCACCAGCGUGUUCACAUUGGUUAGCGUCCUUAAUCAUGGUCCGUGCGGGAAGUGUUUCACUCCUUUUACCUGUUUUAUCACUUUUCUAAACGGCAUAUGAGAUGGUGGUAGAAUGAAGCCUUAUCAGAUCCACCUCAUACAUUUGUUAAAGCCCUGGAAAGAUAAUAAAAGAUGAUAAACCCCCAACCACUCUGGUGAUUGCAA